AUGUGGUCUCGACAGCUGUUUAUUGUUUGGUUUUUUGCUUUGACUAUUUUAGCAACACAAAGUCAUGUUAUUCAUAAACGUGGUUUAAUUUCAAAAUUAUUUGGUGGAAGUUCAAAAUCAAAGGGUAAUGUUGAAAAAGAUUUACCACCACGUGAACGAUCAAAAUUCCGAGAAUUACUUAAAAAUCCAAUUGUUAUAACUAUGCUUAGUGCUGCUGUUGGUAUGGUUGUUCAACAAGCGUUAGCUGCAAAAAAUAUGAAUGAUGUUUGUGACAAUAAAUAUGUUAAAAUGGCUUAUCAAGUUGGAAGUUUUAGUCCUGAAUUAUUUCAAGUACUUAAUUUACUUGGCUGUAAUGGACCUAAUCGAAAAUAUGGUUCAUCAACAAUUCCAACUGAUAAAUAUGCAACUGUACCAGGAAAAGGUUUACCUACACCGUCUCCAAGUAUGCCAAACGAUGAGGAUCAAGAAGAACAAGAAGAAGAAGAAGAAACAGAUAAUCAAGAUGAUGGUGAUACUUUAGAAAGUGGUUUACCACCAGAAAAAGAAUCAAAAAUUAAACAAUUACUUAAGAUUACACGUGGUGAAAAAGGUGCAAAAAGAAAUUUUCUUAAAAGUUUAUUUGGUGGAAAUAAAAAUGUAAAACCAUUUAAAUCUGGACAAAAAUUACCAUCAUCAUCAUAUAAAUUAGAUAAAGAUGAUGCAAAUUCAUUAAAACAACUUGAAAAAGAACUUGAAGAAUAUAACAAAGCAAUUCAUUAA